AUGGGAGUCGAGAUCGCGACCACGACGCACGGGGACGGCGUCACGUUCCCCAAGACCGGGCAGACCGUCACCGCGCACUACGUCGGCGCGUUACCGCAGACCCGCCGCGAUCCCGAGUUCGACAGCUCGCGCAAGCGCGGCCGCCCGUUCCAGUUCACGAUCGGCGUCGGGCAGGUCAUCAGAGGCUGGGACGAGGGCAUGAUGCAAAUGUCCGUCGGCGAGAAAGCGACGCUCACGUGCACGCCCGACUACGGCUACGGACCGAACGGGAUGCCGCCGGUGAUUCCUCCGAACAGCACGCUCGUGUUCGACGUCGAGCUCAUCAGCGUGCAGUGA